AUGUCCACAGAUAACUCCACCUCCGGGAGCAACACGGGAGGCGGCGACGGCAGCGGCUCCAACACCACGCUCGAAUUCAUCGGUAUCGCCGUCUUCGUCGGCAUCGCUCUGUAUUUCUUCAUCCGCUACGCCCACACCGGAUUAAUCUGCAACUGGCGCGAACGCCGCGCAGGGGCCGGCGGAGGCGGCAAUGCGGGCGGCGCCUCGCCACCCAGGCUCGGCCUCGCGCCCUCCGAUAUCGCGGCGCUCCCGACGUUCGUGUUCGGCGCGGUGACCAAUAACGGCGGGGCCGCAAAACGGAAGGGGAAUGGCCCGAAUGGGGCAGAGUGCCCGGUGUGCUUGGCCGACGUGGAGGAAGGGGAGGUGGUGCGGAUGCUGCCGAGCUGCAGGCACUUUUUCCACGUUCAGUGCAUUGACGUCUGGCUUUGCUCGCACACGUCGUGCCCGGUUUGCCGCGCCGCGACGGAGCCCGAACGAAUAGCGUUGGGCGGGGCGACGGCACCGCCGCCGUUGCCUCAGCUGCGCUGUCGCAGUUCCCCCGGAUCCUCUGAACUCUUGGUUGAGGAGAGAUCGGAUGAAGAGGCGGCGCCGUCGCCGCGGUUGCCCGAGUUGCACCGCGGUGGCACUACCGAGGCUUCUUCGGCGGUGACUGACGGGGUGGGCUCGGAGAAGGUAGAAUUAGGUGGGUCGGCGGUUUUGCGGCCGUUCCGGCAGUUGCGUCGCUGCAGUACUACGGGUUCCUCGACAGGCAAUGGCGAGGCGGGGCCGGAAGAAGAUCAUGUGAAGUUAGGUCAGACGUUGGCUUUACCAGCAUUAACGUUGGCCGAAUUGCGCCGGUGCAGCAGCACCGGUUCCUCGAUCCUCGGCGAUGGACGCCGUAGGAUCAUUAGAAAUUGA